AAUUUUGCACAGCUUCAACAAUAAGUUGCAUCCAACAGAACCGGAGCUCAAUAGACUUCCUUAUUAGUCAUAAAUUUUACAAUGUUGCUGAAUCUUUUCAAAAUCUGCGCUUCGCUGCUUCUUUCAUUUGCAUUUUUGCAGCAAAUUAGCGCCGAAAGAACAGUCUGUGGGCCAGCAAUAGAUGCUGUACUAGACACUAUUUGCGAAAAUGGUUUUAAUACAAAAUUUAAGAAGUCAUUGGAAUGGGACAACCUUGGCCACGCUGAGCUUGAAGAUGAACUUUCCUCACGCUAUGCGGCGGCGCCCUUUCCCUAUCUAGCUAAGAUUCAUGGCGGACAAGUUGACACAUUGGCUAAGACUCGUCGUCGCCGUGAAGGUGUAUACGACGAAUGUUGCCGCAAAAGUUGUACCUACAAUGAGUUAUAUUCGUAUUGCAAAUAAAUUUUUCUGUAAGAUCUGUAGGGUUCAAUGAAGAAAAUUUUAAU